AUGUCACGCCCGAUUACAGAAAGUCGAAUGGCUUCAUCGACCAGUUUCUUUUUCUUACCAUCAAAUAUGAUUCGAUCAACAACUAUCUCGACAACAUUAAAAGCUAAACGACGAUGUUGUUCUUCAUUUUUUAUUACUGAUAUACUCAAUAAUCAUAGUCGUUCACCAUCACCUAACAAUAAAAUAUGUUUAACAUCAACAAUAGAUAAAGAUAGUGGUGAUGAAGAUGAUACAAUAUUACAUGAUAGUGAUGAUAAUGAUUCAGAUAUUGGUGAAGAGAGUAAUACUUCAGAUAGUGGUCAUGGUAUUAAUAAUAGUUCAUUAAAAACAAAUAAAAAACCACGAAAAGCUCGUACUGCAUUUACUGAUCAACAAUUAAAUUGUUUAGAAAAAAGUUUUGAAAGACAAAAAUAUUUAAGUGUUCAAGAUCGUAUGGAACUUGCUGCUCGUCUUAAUCUAUCUGAUACACAAGUUAAAACAUGGUAUCAAAAUCGAAGAACUAAAUGGAAACGACAAGCUGCUGUAAGUUUAGAAUUUCUUGAACAACAAGGUAGUAUUGCUGCUGUUCAUCGAUUGCUUCAACAUCAUCAUCAUCAAGCUACUAAUGGUAUUGGUGGUGCACAUCCUUCUCUAUGGUAUUCACCAUAUUUAACUCCAACAACAGCUGCUGAUGCUCUUUUUGCACUUCAACAAAGAUCUUUAAUAGACUCACAUAAAUCAUCAUCUGAAUCAUCAUCUUCAACAAUUACUAGCCCGAACAAAUCUGUAUAA